AUGACGAAGUAUGCAGAGGCCAUAUACACCUUGAAAGGUCAUAUACUGGAAUAUGAAAUGGAUUAUUUCAUACCCAAUUGCGGAUCUGUAAACCUUCCUUUAAACGAAAUCAUUACCUUGAUGAAAACCACGUCCAUCUGUGAAGUGAUUACCGAGGCUAUUUGGAAAAUGGACUGGCACUGGAUGAUCGGUUAUAUUGGAUGUCAAGUGGAAUUUCAAAAAUGGGCACGGAUUUUCGACCUUUUCACGGAAUGUGCUGGCGAACUUGAGCAUACUAGACCCACCGAGAUAGAUGAAAGGCAUCUGCUGCAAAUUCAGUGUCAGUCAAGUGACCUAGAUAGCAAAACCAGUCAAAGAGCGACUGAAAUUUUAAAAAAUCAGGAUGGAGAAAUUAGAAUUCCCUGCUCCAAUGAAGAUAAUCAAACCACCCUAAUACCUAACAACCCCGAAGAGGGUGAGUCAGCUUGA